UUCCUAGAAACAACAGAACCAGGAAUGGACUGCCAUUUUUCUAUCUGGGGAGUUUUGGCCUUCCUGAGUUUGGCUCUGCUUGUUUCACUGACACUGAAUAUUGUACACUGUAUCAAAAAGAAGCAAGCUAAAAUGCAUAAAAACUAUGAAGAGAACAAUCCAAGCUAUGAUGGCUAUCACACAGAAGAUUAUCCAGUUUAUGGCAAUCUCAAUCAAGAUAUUUUAGAAGAAUGUUGUUACGAGCAGAUGAAGUCCCAGCCUCAAAGACCAGUUAACCAGCUACAGGUGGAAUCUGCCAAUCAGAUGUGCUAUGCCUCACUUGAUCACAGUGUCAAGAGAAAAUGCAGAAAACCAAGGAGAAAGAAAGAUCCUUCAUUAGAGGAAGAUGAAGAAGAAAGAUCAUCUAACCCCAUGGUGGCUUCCAAAGUUAGCAUUUACCUCAACAGUGAGCAGCUGGCUGCCGAAAACACGGCAGAAGUAGAAGCCAUUCAUGAUGAUCCCAUCAGAUUAAUGGGCUUGAUUCAUAAUACAAAAGGGGAGAACUGA